AUGGAGGAAGCAAAAUUGCAAGCAUUAGCAGAUUCACUCUCUGGCCACGGUGGUCGCAAAGGUCUCGGAACCAGCAGUGGGCAGUAUUCUUGGGUCAAGAAUGCAGAACCCUCAAGUGGCAAGGGAGACCGCAAAGAUGGGCUACCAAACAAUCAACUCUAUUCCAAUUUUGUGAAAGCAGGAACAUAUGAUCCGACCGAAAAGAAAGUGGACGGAGAUGGGAGAUUGAUUAAGAGAGACUUUUCAGAUAUUGCGGCUGUAGUGGAUGAUGAAAAGAAGGCACAGAAGGAUGCCAAAAAAGCUGCCAAGAAAAAGUUAAAAAUGGAAGCAAAGAAAAAAUUGAGGCUCGAAGAAAAACGAAAAGCAAAGAAACAAAUCAAAGCCUUGAAGAAGGAAUCAUCGAGAAAACGAAAUCGGGAUGAUGAAGCAUCGGAGGCACCGGAAUUGAAGAAGGAAAGAACAGAAAAGGAAUUGCGACUAUCGAAUAAAAGAAAGCCAAGAGAUGUAAUCGAGAAGGACGAGAAGAAGAAAGGUUCGAAAGAAAGCAGCAAGAAAAAGAAGAAAGAUAAGCGGUAG